CAUGCGUCAUUUCCAUGUUUGUAAACAAAACAUAUUUUCUGAGAAAGAAAAUCGUAUAGACGUUUUGGUUUUAGAGAUCGAGUGUGAAUUGAAGAAUGCCUAUUUUAUAUUCAGUGGUUGCCAGGGGCACUACUGUCCUUGCUAAGUAUGCUAGCUGUGCUGGAAAUUUUACUGAAGUCACUGAUCAGAUAUUGAUGAAAAUACCUCAAGAGAAUUCUAAGCUGACAUAUUCACAUGGAAGUUAUUUGUUUCACUACGUCACAGAGGACAGAAUAGUUUAUCUUUGUAUUACAGAUGAUGAUUUUGAAAGGUCAAAGGCUUUUUUAUUUUUAAAUGAGAUUAAGCGAAGGUUUAAAGCACAAUAUGGGGUGAGGGCCCAAACAGCACUUCCUUAUGCCAUGAACAGUGACUUUUCACGGACAAUGGCAUCACAGAUGAGAAGUGUUUCUGAAGAUAGACCUGAUCAGCUCAACAAAGUCCAAGACCAGGUUGAUGAACUAAAGGAAAUUAUGGUCAAAAAUAUCGAUCAACUUGCAGAAAGAGGUGAAAAACUAGAAUUACUUGUUGACAAAUCAGAGGAUCUUAGUGCAAAUGCAGUUUCAUUCAGAAAAACAAGUCGAAAUUUGGCUCGUUCGUUGUGGUGGAAAAAUGCUAAACUUCUUGUUAUCAUUGGUAUUGUUAUAAUAGUUGUGAUCUACUUUAUUAUAUCAGCGUCAUGUGGAGGAUUAAACUGGCCUUCCUGCACCUAAGUGGAGCAUGGGGAAAUAAGUUGUGAUUUCAUUGUGGAUUAUCUUUUUUAAAAAAAACUAAUGGCAGUUCAUAAUUUGUAAGUGGUUGUAUAAACUCACAGAUCUCAGAGAUCUGAAACUAGAACUAAGAGCAAUUGUAGUUGUGUAAUAACCAGUUUUAUUGUUCCUUUGCUUUCAACUGGAUUUUUUAAAUUUUUACCUUGAACUUUGUAGGGAAAAAGGAAAAUGCAUUUAAUUGAUGUUGUGCAUGGGUUCCAAAUAACUAUGGAUGCUUUGUCUUAUAUUCUCUGUUACUUGGACCUUAAAAUGUGAAUUUAGUUGCUGCUAUAAGCAUAUUUAUAAAGCAAAACAGUUGUACAUUUCUUUUGCGCUUCAUCAAAACUGGUAAAGUGACAUAAAAUAUGUAGUCAGUUGUGUUAAUACAUUUUGUCUAGAUAUAUUUAUAUUGCACUCUAAUGUGUAGGAAUAGAAGUAUGCUUUUAUAACUGUGUCAAUGCUAAUUUGGUUGUAAAAACUUACAAUUCUAGAAUAUGGACACUAGCCCAUAAGCAAUAAUUAUACUUUUUAUUAUAGAAACAAUCAGUAGUUCUGUGAAAUUAGAGCUCAAAUCUUACAAAUGUUCAUUGAAUUUUGAAGAUUUACAUGGAAAAAAAUUGAAGAUCUUAUUUUGGACUGAACUAUUUGUGACCUAAAAUUUAAAAGCACAACAAUUGCCAGUUAUUCUAAGCAUUUAACUACUCAUGUUUAAAAUUUUAUUACCAAAUAUUAUUAAGAUUUAGUAAAAUGUAAACAUACUUUUUUUUUUUUUUUACAUUGCAGCAGUAAAGUAAUAUUCUUAAAACUGAUUGUAACCAAAUGCAAAGCAAUUUUUCAUUUAACAGUUGUUUUUACAUCUCUUAUAUAUUGAAAUCAAUUCUCACAUUAAUGUAUAGGUGUAAACCUUCCAUUAAAAUUAUUAUAGGUGGAUAUGGCUGUGACUUCUUCAAAUUAAUUUCUCAGUUCCAAGUGUAAUGAGAAGGGUAUAUUUAGUGCUUACGUUUGUUUACAGACAGUGUAAAGUCAUGUUGUCCAGUUAAAAUGUCAGAUCUGCUGUUUUAGAAAAACAGGCAAAGCAAAACAGUUGACUGCUUAAACAUUACCUUCAAGAGAUUAUUUUCAAAUUUUAUUCUGUUAUAUUUUUUUUUAAUUACAAUUUAUAAAAAAUAUAUUUGUAUUAUUAUUUAUUUGUAUCACUAUUAUUAAUUUCACCAGAAUUAAAGAGAUCACCAUACCUUUUUAAAUACAAUUGUUUUUGGAAGAAUGUUAACAAAAUUAGUUCUUUUUUAUUAUUAAAACUUUUUGGACAACUUUGUUUUUCUUCAAUAAAAAAAUCAUUUUCCCCCCAAAACUACAUUUUUAGUUGGCAUAGAUCUAAUAUAAUAUAGAAAACAAUGGGGCUUCUAGAAUUGUUUAGCUUCAGGAUACUUUCAAGGAAUAAAAUUAUUGGUCAGAAAAUGCUGUGCCUCUUUUUUUUUUUUAGCCAUAAGAAAUUUUUUUUAUUUUAAAAACUCUGUUACUGACCUAAACUUAGUGGGUUAAAUUCUCAUGUUUCUAUAGACAACAAUAUUUAUCUGGCACCAUUGAAGAGGCACCAUUGUAGUUGACUUUGUCUUCCACUUGAUAUGUGUCCCGUUGCUAAUUUAAACUAUCUUUAAAUAUAAAAUAGAUACUAGGUAGGGUUUUUUAUGCAUCUAAAAAUCAUUAAAAUUUGUCUUAAAGCUCAAGCCAGACUUUUAUGUAAUAAAGCUUGUGUACAAUUAUCUAAUACAUUGUACAAAUGUGUAUACUUUGUCAUUGAAUACAGAACAGCUCUGCUUUAAUUUAUUCUGUACAUAAAAUUUGAGGAAAAGUUUGAUGCGCUGGUGGGCAAAUUUUAAAAUUAAAAAAUCAUUUUUUUUUGUUUUACAUUCCCACCAAUUGAUUCAAGUUGCCCAUUAUUGCUGAACUCAAAAUCUCUUAGACCUGAAUUUACAGGCCACAAAGGGCUGUACAACUUUUCUCUUCCUCAAUUCAAAUAAUUUAAAAAGUCAUUUUAGUUGGUGAUUCAUCUUGUUGUGUAUCAUUUUAUGUUAUGGUCAGUUAAAGAUUGGGAAUUAUUUUUUUCUGAUAAUUUUAAUGUUUGAGGUUGUUUUUUUUUAUUGUUUGUAGGUAGUCUGUAAAAUUAGUGUUUUUAGUGCAAUAAUAAUGGGUCUGACAUUUGAAAUUCUCUACUUUUAAAAACCAUUAUGCAAGCUUUAUCUAUAAUGAAAAUAAUCAAAUAUUAUUUUCUGUUAACCUUCAAUGUAUACUGGUGUUUCUAUUUGCUUGAACUGCCUGACUCUUCUGUUUUCUUUCAAUAAAAUAAAUUAUAUAAUUAAUCCAUGUUUUGUGGAUUGCACAUUUUGUUAAACGGUCUCCCUUGGUAUGGUUUAAUAACUUUUUUUUUAAAGCUAGCUAUCUUUAACUUGAGAAUACUUUCUGUUGGACCAAAGUGUAUUCAGGUUACCUUCAUCUCCCGUAUUAUAAAAAGAAAGUAUUUUUUUUUUGCUUAUUGUUUUGCAGUGUUUCCAUAUAAAUAUCAAACUCUUUAUUGUACUAUUUUUGUAAAUAUUGCUUGUUUUACUCGUAUAAUUAUUUGGUUAAAAUAAUAUAAUUCUUAUUGAUGAAGUUGUUUUGACAUGCUAUUUUGUUGUUAAAUUUUGAAUUUAAUUUUUAACUAAACUGUUAUUUCAACUGUGCUCGUUAAGGUAUGUAAAUAAAACAGCUAUAAUAAUAUU